UAAACUUUUUUUUUUUUUUUUUUUAGUUUAUUCAAUCAUUUUCUAUAACAAAUAAUUGCCAUUGGAAGUCGUGAGUCGUUCUCGACUCACAUUAUUCUAUCGAGGUGGCGUGGGGUACCGUGAUGGAGUUGCAAAGUUGGUUUCUCUAUCACCUGGUGGCCGUUACUGACUGCAAUCAAGUGAUGCAGUCGACAGCUACUGGGAGUGGAGCUUACCCGGGGGGUGGCACAGGCAGUAGAGCACGAGACUUGGGUUUAAGAGCACAAAAAAAAAUUCUGGGACGAGUUGUUUCUUCAAAUGCUGGAAGAUCUCUUUUUAUAGACGAUGCUACAACGUCACUUCUUGACAAUCUCUUCAAGCUUAUGGAGAGAGUAGCUAAAAGCAAUCCGAGCCUCAAUAAAAAACAACCGGAGAAAGUUUUAAAAAAUAUUGUUAAAUUGUCUAUCAAGAUUGGAUUAUUACAACGUAAUCAGCAAUUAAAUUCUUCUGAUGAAGUUAAAAUAAAUGAUAUCCGAGCGAGUUUGAGGGCUGUGGCGAUGUCUGUAGUUUCAUUUUAUGAAUUAGAAUUUAGUUUUGAUAGAAUUUAUUUAACGAGGUCAUUAGAGCGCUGUCGAACAGCGAUAUUAAAUUUGAUAAAGCCGCACUUGACAGAUAAAUCUCAAGAGAGAUGUGACCAAAUUUUUGAUUUUAUAACUUAUCCAGACUUUCUCGACAGUGUUUUUCAAUCUUCAGAAUUGAGGCCAACACUGGGAUUACUUGUGGAUGAUAUUAAUAAAGCAUUAGAUGCUGGACAUCUUUGAUUUAACAAAACUAUUGCAACUGCAAUCAAAACUAAUUAUUUAACUAAUGUUUUAAUUAAAACUUCACAUCCAUUGUCUCUGACUCAGUCAGAUUUUUAUUGUUAUCUCUACUACAAUUUACAUAAAAUAUACCAUGAGAGAAAAUUGUAAAUUUAUUCAUUCCAAGAAUACUACGGAUUUUUUAUUGUCAGAAAAAUAUGAC